CAUAAACUACAGCCUUCAUCCUACACCUCAGAAAGUAAUCUAGAGGAUUUAGGUCUAGAGACCGAGGUGGCCAUGGAAUGGGACCACCUCUACCUGUCCACCUGCCAGGAAAAUGAUCGUUUAACCAUUUAUGAUAUUAUGGGUAAAGAGAGGAGGCACAUCUGCACAAAUCAAAAAAUUGUAGAUCGGCCUGUGAAGACCAAACAAGCAUAUUGUAAACCAACUUAUAGGAAUUACGCUAUCAGAUGUGACGGCAAUCAAAUAUGCAAAGGCGUAAGGCUGGUGUACGAAACGCACUACAAAGAUGUCAUAACCACGCGAAAUUCCAACGAAGUCACAUAUUCAUGCUGCCCAGGAUGGAUCCAGGUCACUAACAGGAGUCACGGCUGCAACAAAGCAAUUUGCAGCAAACCUUGUUUAAAUGGAGGCAAAUGCGUUAAACCAGAAAUGUGUGCUUGUCUUCAAGGAUUCAGUGGACCACAGUGUGAAAUUUUUUCCAAUGAACCAACAUGUAACAAAGUAUGCCAAAACGGUGGAAGAUGUUUUCAUGGAGUUUGCAGUUGUGUUAAAGGAUAUGGUGGAGAAGAAUGCGAAAUAGACUUGAAUGCACCCCACUGCGUGAAUGGGUGCGAAAAUGGUGGAACUUGUGUUCGACACGAAGUGUGUCGAUGCUUAAAAGGAUUCACAGGACGUUACUGCGAAGAGGACGUGGAUGAAUGCAAGGAAGAGAAACCCUGCGAUCACAUAUGUUAUAAUGUUCCGGGUAGUUACAAAUGUCAAUGCAAGGAAGAUUUUGUCCUACAAAAGGACGGCCAGUCUUGUCGCAAGGAAGGCAACGACGGAGGAUUUGAAGCCAAAGACUUGGAAUUUGAAAUGAUCGAUAAGCGACUGUCAAAAUUGGAAACUAUGAUGGAUGAUCAUAAAAAUGAUGUGUCAAAAGAUGAUAUUCAAAAUUUGUAUAAAAACCUAAAUUUUAUAUCAAAUGAUGUCACACAAUUAAAAAGUCAAGUGACUGAUGUGGAGACCUACAAGAAUGAUAUGUACAUAUUCAAAAAUAAAUUAAUUACCAUCGAGAAAAAAGCUGAAAAAGUUGAUGAUUUGAUAUUGAAAUAUGACAAACUAAAAAAAUGUGCAUUUUAUAAUAAAAUAUGUUUGUGA